AUGGAGUGGAAUAGCGACUCGGAGGAGGAGCUGGUCGACGAGGAGGAGGAAGGAUUCCUGCUCAGUGAUGGGGGUCCCUUCGCCUUCAGCAUUGGGGGUAUGCUCCAGUCGACGUCGUGCGGGUUCGUGGUCACCGACGCGCUCGAGCCCGACCAUCCUAUUAUUUACGUCAACACCGUUUUCGAGAAGGUUACCGGUUAUCGGGCGGAGGAAGUUCUCGGAAGGAAUUGGUCAGUACUAACUCUUAUCCCCGGUCUCGAUAUUUCAGCUUUGUUUCACAUGUAUUGCGGGUAUGCUUUCACGGUACGGAACUGGGGGGCCUUGGGUCCAAUUAUUCGACAUUCAAAUGCAGAAAGAGUUUUAAUCGGUCCCUGUGCCGAGUUAAUUCUACGUAGUCCUGCAAGAUAUGCUUAACGACCAUUUCACAUGAAACCCUGGGAAUGUUUGGUAAGGGGAAAACGGAACGAAGGAAAAAUUAUAUUAUGUCAGUUAUUCCUCGUUUCCUCGGCAUUUGACCUCACACAAGAGGUCUGAAGAACAAGGAAUUCUUGCUCCGACAGCAAUCAGUAUUUAUCCUUGUAUCCCUCAUUUCUUUGAACUUGUGCAAUAAAUUUUCUAUAAACAUUCGCAGAAUGCGUCUAAAAAAAAUAUUAAUAUGUAGCUUGCUCAUUUCUGGAUAAUCGGUGAACGGAAGAGUACGGAAAUCUCCAUACAUAAAUUGGACAUUACACAGUCCCAAUAAUUUUUAAACUGAAUGGCCUAACAAUUUUAGUGUAGUAUCGCAGCCUAUCGUUAUGCCUGUACUCUUGAUGUCUCAUUUAGAUUUAUUGUUAUUAAAAUGUCUAAAAGUUACACGCAAAUGAGGAUGUGUUAAAAUAGUAUAAAACCGUAACUACAAAUCAGUUGUGGUGAAGAAAAAAAGCCAUAAAAAGUUAGGGGUUGGCACCAAUUCCUUGAAUCUGAUUUUCAUGUAAACAAGCUAGCGAUAUUUUCAUCACUUUUCUGCGAACUACUCCUUGGAUGAUGAAUCAUCACUUUGUCUGCAAGUAUGGAGCCAAAUGACUUUGGGGUUUUUUUGGGAAGAUAUUCCAAGAUAUGGAUUGACUUUGAUCCUCAGCUUCUGGUAGAUUUAAAUCUCAUUUACCUUGCAUUUUUGCAUACAUCAGUAAUAAGAUUAUCUUUGCUUUUUAUAUACAGCCUGUAACGCACGAAUAAGGCUAGAAGGAGCUCUUCGACUUUAGUGGAAAAGACUGGGUUUAGGGGGGCUGCUCUUCAUUUUAUCAAUGGGUUUUCACCCCCCUUCGCCAUUUUUCCCUCCCACGCCUGUGACCUCCAUCUCAUUGCAGUAUUUGAGAUUAUGAUUUUUCAUGUAAUACAGUUUCGCUUCUUGUCCAAAACUCAUGGGCUAGAUGACGCUCUUCUAGGAAAAACUGGUAGAGAUAAAAGAAAAAACUUCGGAAUGAAGCGAAUUAAUGGCAAAUCCAAACUGUCGUUAAAGAUAGAAUUCUGCAAUAGGUUUUGGAGUAACAAGCGAACAAUGUGGGGAUUCUCGUAUUAAUAAAACCAUUUUUUACUAUGCUGAUGAAGAUUGGAUGUAAGUGGAGGAAUGACCAUGAUCACAACCAUAUGACAGAGACGCAUAUAAAUUAUCCUAAAAGUAGUUUGUGUUUAGACUUUACAUGUGUUUAUCUCCCUGAGUGUCUGCUCAUGGGCUCGAAUUUUGCCUCCUUUAUGUUCUGAUAUCGUGUUGAUUUUUCUGAUGUAAGUCGUGGAGAUGGAAGUGUAUGAUCCUAAAAAGUGUGCAUUAUGCUGUGGACUUAAUGCAUCGUUUUUCAUGAGAUUCUUUGAUAGUCUGAUCAUUCACAUUCAACUGAUGGACGAGUGACUUAUAGGGCUUGUCUUUUCACCUUGCUUCUUCUCUCCUUAUUGGGAACUUUUACUGGAUCAUCAAUACUAGCAUUCACGGGAAAAGGAUUCCAGGGAAUAUUCAGUAUUUGAGCUCUGAUCCCUCCUUGAAUGUUCCUCAUAGAAAUUUCAGGAGGACAGCUAUUAUGGCUAGGCAGUUAUAGAUAAGUUUUAUACAGGGCUUGUCUUUUCACAUUGCUUCCUCUCUUUUUAUUGGGAACAUUUGCUAGAUUAUCAUUAUUGCAUUCACAGAAAAAGGAUUCCCGGGGAGAUUCAUCUAUUUGAGUUCUGAUUCCUCCUUGAAUGUUCCACAUAUGACACUGGCUAAUAAAACAAAUUGUAAUCUGAAAAGUAAUAUCGGGUGUAUCUUACUGUGUUUUUUACUUUCGAAGUUGUCAUCGAGUUGCUUUAUGUAAAACUUAUUCCUCCUCCCAAAUUCAGGUAAUUUUUUGUCAUCAAAAACUUUGAAAUAUAUCAUGACAAUCUUUUUUUUGUUCCGACUUGGUUGUAUUGUAAUAUUUAUCUAGUUGGGCUUAUGAUGGACCACAAGUAGCCUGAAUAAUUUCUUCAGUGACUGAUCAGAUUCCCUUACAUAAGGUCGUUCCAACUUUCUGCACAAAAGUUGAAACCGGGACGCUUCCCUUGAAAAACCUUUUCAACCGUUCAAUGGCUCGGUUCUCACAUAUGCUUUGUGUGUGUGUGUGUUUAUUUCUCCCAUUUUUUAUAUAAAACAAAUUGAUUAUUACUUCAUUACUGUUAGUCUUAAAAAAAUCAGCAUAUCAUGAGACAGUUUGCCAAGUGUUCGGUUUUACAUCAAGAUUUUGUCCCUCGCUUAUAUAAGUACACUAUUUUCUUCGCUUCCCAAUUUCCAUUUCGCAUCCUGGUUCCUGCACAUGGUUUUGCCUGUUUUAACCCAUACACAUGUCACUAUUCAAUAUAUUCUGUAUAUGGUCUCACUGACAUUAGUGAAAUUAUAAAUUCUUCUGCUUCGACUGUAUAGAUUUGUUUCACCUAAAACAUGCAUGAUGCGGGCAUGGAAAACACGUAGGAAUAAAGAGAGCAAUGUUUACCGCUACAAUUUAGUGGAUCACCAUCAAGUAAAGAUUAUUUGGCUACUUGGUUUGGCUCAUUUCGACCUGUACAGGUUGGAUCAGUUGAAUCUAAAGCAUGGAACCUUGAGAUUUACAAAGUGCAGGAGGAUGUGCAGCAUGUCUACGAGCAACAGUAGUCUAAAUAUUUAUUUUCAUCAUUUUUGUCUUCGUCCUUACCUUCUUAUAUGCUGAGUUGAAAUUUGUGUAUGCUGAAUGCCCUGCAUUUUGAUUUUCUGUUUGUCAGAUUUUAGAAGCCUUCCAAAAUAAUUUAAAUCUCCCAGCGUAAUAUUUUAUUAUGAAGUUCUGAAAACUGUGCUUCUCUUUCAGCCGCUUCUUACAAUACAGAGGACCAUUUGCUCAAAGAAGACACCCAUUGGUAGAUUCUUCUGUUGUUUCAGAGAUACACAGGUGUCUUGACGAAGGCAUUGAGUUUCAGGGUGACCUCUUGAAUUUUCGGAAGGAUGGAUCUCCAUUGAUGAACAGAUUGAGGCUAACACCCAUCUACGGGGAUGAUGAUACUAUCACUCACGUUAUUGGUAUCCAGGUCUUCACUGAAGCCAAUGUUGACUUGGGCCCACCUCCUGGUUCGUUGAUCAAGGAAUCUAUGAAAUCAUCUGACUAUGCUAUCACCAACCAUCACUUUUUCCGACCUAUUUCGGCAUUGGACACUCAAGUCAGUCGGAAGCUUUGCUGCUUGCUGCAACUAAGUGACGAGGUACUAUGUCAUAAAAUCUUGUCUAGGCUCUCACCAAGGGAUAUUGCCUCAAUUGGUUCUGUAUCCAAGAGACUCUACGCACUAUCAAAGGAUGAGGACCUCUGGAGAAUGGUCUGCCAAAACGCCUGGGGCCACGAGGCCACUCGUGCGCUAGAAGCAGUACCUGGAGCCAAAAGAUUCAGUUGGGGAAGGCUCGCACGGGAGCUAACCACACUUGAAUCCGUGGCAUGGAGAAAGUUGACUGUCGGAGGUGCAGUUGAACCUUCCAGGUGCAACUUCAGUGCGUGUGCCGUCGGUAACCGGGUGGUCCUCUUUGGCGGGGAGGGAGUAAACAUGCAGCCGAUGAAUGACACAUUUGUGCUGGAUCUCAAUGCCAGUAAGCCAGAAUGGAGACAUGUCAAGGUGAGCUCUCCACCGCCAGGCCGGUGGGGCCACACACUCUCUUGCUUGAAUGGAUCUUGGUUGGUGGUCUUUGGUGGCUGCGGUCGGCAGGGUCUUCUCAACGACGUCUUCAUAUUGGAUCUAGACGCCCAGCACCCAGCGUGGCGGGAGAUCUCCGGCCUGGCACCACCGCUUCCAAGAUCCUGGCACAGUUCCUGCACUCUCGACGGCACCAAGCUGGUGGUUUCCGGCGGCUGCGCCGACUCUGGCGUGCUUCUCAGCGACACCUUCAUGCUGGAUGUUACAAUGGAGAAACCCGUCUGGAGGGAGAUCCCAGCAACAUGGACGCCGCCAUCCAGGCUGGGGCACACGCUGUCAGUCUACGACGGCCGGAAGAUCCUGAUGUUCGGUGGCCUGGCGAAGAGCGGCCCUCUCCGUCUCCGAUCCAGCGACGUAUUCACAUUGGAUCCGAGCGAGGAAGAACCCUGCUGGCGGUGCAUCACUGGAAGCGGUAUGCCCGGUGCCGGAAACCCCGCAGGGAUCGGCCCGCCACCGAGGCUGGACCAUGUGGCAGUGAGCCUUCCUGACGGCAGAAUUCUGAUCUUCGGCGGCUCUGUGGCGGGCCUCCACUCGGCGUCGCAGCUCUAUCUGUUGGACCCCAGCGAGGACAAGCCUACGUGGAGAAUUCUGAACGUGCCCGGCAGACCACCCCGGUUUGCCUGGGGCCACAGCACCUGUGUUGUCGGAGGAACCAGAGCCAUCGUCCUCGGCAGCCAGACUGGGGAGGAGUGGAUGCUGAGCGAGUUGCAUGAGCUCUCCCUGGCCAGCAGCAUCAUGGACCACCCCGAAGGCCCCUUCCCAGUCAUCUAG